AUGAGUGAAGAAUCUAAUAUGGAAGUUCCUGCGGAACAGAGAAAUAAUCUAACUUCGGGUAACAACCCGAACGACGAAUUAUUCCAACAUGGUGCGAAUUCAAGUUCAGCGAACACACCUGCCAACACAGAGGAGACCUUCAACCAACAAACUCCCGAACCUAGCACUAAUAAUACAAGAGUUGUAGUUGAAUCACCAUUCAACGCCAACACGUCUAACAGAUCCCUUAUUUAUGUACCAGAUCAUUUACUAGAAGCUGUCAAAACAUUAAUUAAAAAUGAUGCGGCGCCCAAUAGAUCAAAUAAUGACACGACAAACAAACUCAUGGAAUCAAAAACUAUAUUACCUAUUGGAGUUCCCAAAAAUAGAUUACAAUUACCACCAGACCCGCCGAAUACAGACUUUAUUACACUAGCAGCCAACACAGACUACACACGCUCAAACAAAUUAGCAUGUGCUAGCUGGGCAUCCCUAAAUUCCUACAAUGCAAACAACUACAAAAUCCCUUGGGAUAAGUUCCCCAGCGUGUACUAUGAAUCAGCUAGAUUCAACUCCAACACAUGGAAAAGAUUUAUAUCUCAAUUAACACCAAUGCCCUACCCCGUAUCUUCCCUAUCUGAAAUCGUACAUUUCAUAAGAUGGUACAACAAAUUCACUUACCUAACUCAUGAAUAUGGUAUUCAUCAGCUAUUAUUUUACACUACGUUUUCCCAAAUACCAACUCCUUCCCCAAUUGAGCAAGCUGAAAAUAGAGAAAUAUUGAAUGCUAUAUUACCCAAAAUAUUCCCACACAAAAUGAAAGACAUAUCAGAUAACAACUGUUCAUCCACAAUAUUCAGAGAUUACAUAGAAGAAGUAUUUCCAGCAGAACCAAGCACCAUAGCUACAAAAUUAUUGGAAAAAUAUGUAAUAACCAAUAAUACUACAACCUCCGAUAUGCAAAGCCAGAUAAACAUCGUCCAAUCCUUAAGAUAUUGCGCAAAAAUGGACGCAAUACCAGAUAGAGAAAUAAUCCCACAUUUUAGAAAUAAAAUCUCUGACUGCUAUGGAGAAUCAACGGCACAUUUAAUUAGAAAAUGGAUCAAUACCCCAAAUCUAACUAUGCAGCAGUUACUAGCAGACCUACACGAAUAUAUGAAAAUAAGUAAAAGAUAUGAAGUAUCAACGAACCCCAGAACAGAUUCAUUUCUACCAAGAAAAUUUCAAAUUAACAACAUUAAUCGAUACGAUAACACACGUUAUCCAAAGCGCAGAUAUACUAACAAAUACCCAAACAGAAACAGAGCCAUCUCCCGUAACAAUAAUACCUAA